AUGAUUUUUAGUCAUUUAAACUUUGGAAUUUGGUAUUUAAAUCCAAAAUCAUCAAAAAUGAAACAAUCAGGCUCAAUUGUUAAUAGGAUUAAUAGAAGAUCAAUCAUUAAUUCUACCAUUACAAAAAGAAAAAAUGUUUUGUUACUUGGUAGUGGUUUUGUCUCUAAACCUUUAGUAGAUUACUUGGUAAGGCAAAAGGAUUUAAAAUUAAUUAUUGCAAGUAAUUCAAGGGCUGAUGCUAUUUCUUUAAUUAGAAAUCAUAAAGAAAUAGAUAUCGUUGAUUUAGAUGUUAUGAAUCAAGAAAAUUUAAAUAAAAUCAUUCAAGGAUCAGAUGUUGUUGUUAGUCUUAUUCCAGCAAAUUUACACCCUAUAGUGGCAGAGGCUUGCAUAAAGCACAAGAAAAACAUGGUAACAGCUAGUUAUAUAUCUUCAGCAAUGAGAGAAUUAGAUAAUAGAGCCAAGCAAGCUGGAAUUACUAUCCUUAAUGAAAUAGGAGUUGAUCCAGGAAUUGAUCAUUUAUCUGCAAUGAAAAUUAUUGAUGAUAUAAAAGCAAAAGGUGGAGAGGUAACAUCAUUCAUUUCAUGGUGUGGUGGCUUACCUGCUCCAGAAGCAUCUAAAGUUCCCUUGAAAUAUAAAUUUAGUUGGUCACCAAGAGGUGUUCUUAUUGCUGCAUUAAAUGAUGCUCAUUUUUGGAUGAACGGCAAAAAGCAUAAAAUUUUAGGUGGUGAACUAUUAAAAUCUCAUUUUCCAACAGUACCCAUUGAUUCAAAGUAUGAAUUUGAAGGCCUUGCAAACAGGGAUUCCUUGUCAUAUAUAGAUACAUAUGGUUUAGCUCCUUUGGAAACAAAAAAUGCGAUGCUUAGAGGUACUUUAAGAUAUAAAGGCUUUUCAGACUUGAUGUAUUCUUUUUUAAAAUUAGGAUUGCUUAAAACUGAUCCAGAAAACGUUCAACAUAAUUCAUGGCCAGAUUUUCUCGAUUACGUACUUUUUGGCCCAUCCCCUACAACAAAACCAGUAAUGGAAUCAAGAAUACACAAGAUUAAAGAAAAAUUAGAUUUGUCAGAAAAAAAUCAAUUAAUGGUAGACAACGUUGUUGAAGCUUUAAAAAAUCUUUCAUUACUAGAAGACCCAAAUCAAACAACUACUAAUUUAAUAAAUCCACCAAAAAUUGGUUCGUUAUCACCACUUGAUACAUUUUGUAUCUUACUUCAGGAUAAACUUAAAUAUUAUCCUGGUGAGAAAGAUUUAUUAGUUUUAUAUCAUGAAUUUGAAAUAAAACUAAAAAAUGGGGAUAAGGUAACCAAAACAUCAAAGUUAAUUACUGAUGGAAUAUUUGGAUCGACUGAAACAUAUACUGCAAUGGCAAAAACUGUUGGAUUACCAGCUGCAAUAGCAACUGAAAUGAUUGCUAGAGGCGAAAUUCAUGAUAAAGGUGUAUUGGCACCGACUUUACCAAAUAUUUAUAACCCAAUACUUGAAAAAUUAGAUUAUGAAGGUAUAAAAAUCGAAGAAUCUAUUAUUGAAAAAGGAAUGAGAGAAAAUUUGAAGUGGAGCGGAAGUGGAAUUUGGAAUUAG